UCUAGCUCCGCUUUUCAAGCAGCAUGCGGCGGCAGGAGGAGCAAGGACACACCGACUGAUCAGAGCUUGGCACCCCGCCGCAGAGUGCUCCAAACCCGGCCGCUGCCACGAGGAUCCACACUGCCACUGACAGGACCCUGUGACGGGAGUUUUAUUGAUCCUGCACGGGCAGGACAGACACCGCCCCGCACUCAGGUGAGAGGAGGGAAACUUCAGCCACCUUCAGGUGCAGAGAUCCGGACCUGCGUGCGGCUUUUACACACUCUUUGGAGACUUAUGGAUCUCUGGGGGCUGCCCGGAGUCUGAGCCCCCCCGAGCCCGAGGAAGUGGACUAACAGGACGCCGAUUUGCUCUCACUUUCAUCCUCCUCCUCCUCAAAGCUUCAGGUGUUUACAAUGUUCCAGCACAGCAAUAACAAGAAAUGCUUCACCAUUGAGUCUCUGGUUGGGAAGGAGGCGCUCGGCCACAGCGGUGGCUCCGGAGACGAGCCCAUCCGGCCCACGGCGCUCCGCUUCCCGGAGUCCCUGCACCCUGCGGCCGCUGCAGCCGCCGGGGUGUUCGGCUCAUGCUUCCAGGGGGGCAGCGGCAGGACUCUGUACUCCGCCGGGCCGGACAUGGUGCUCCAGGAGCCCGGAGCGCACGGGCAGAGCCCCGGAGGGCUGCCGUUGCACCCGCUGCAGAUCCCCCCGCAGAGCUUCUUCAGCCCGCAGCACCGAGAGGCGCUCAGCUUUUACCCGUGGGUGCUGCGUGGACGAUACCUGGGACACCGCUUCCAAGGUGACGACGGCAGUCCAGAGAACCUUCUUCUUCACGGCCCGUUCUCCAGGAAACCCAAACGCAUCCGGACGGCGUUCUCCCCCUCGCAGCUGCUGCGUCUGGAGCGAGCCUUUGAGAAAAAUCACUACGUGGUCGGAGCUGAGAGAAAGCAGCUCGCCAGCGGGCUGUGUCUGACCGAGACUCAGGUGAAGGUGUGGUUCCAGAACCGCAGAACGAAGCACAAGCGUCAGAAGUUGGAGGAAGAGUCACCUGAAGCUCAGCAGAAGAGGAAGGGCAGCCAGCACGUGAACCGCUGGAGAGCCGCCACGCACCAGCCGGGAGGAGAGGACGUUGACGUCAUCAGCGAUGACUAGACUGCUGCACACACAUAAACACAAACACACACACCACAAACAGACAUAAACAGGCUCAGAAACACACACAAACAGACAGACACAAAUGCUGGUGUCAAAUCUCUUAAUAUUUUUUAAGAUGAAUUCAGACGCCUUAAAACUAACGAUAGCUAAUUCAGCUAGCGUAGCCAAAAGGCUUAGUGCUAAAAGGCCCUAACAAGGAUGUCGAUAUCAAUCAAUUUUUAGCCACUCAGCAAAUUUGGAAAAAAAAAUAGUUUUUUUUUCCAAACUUUCCAACUUUUUUUGCCACGUUUGAUUUUUCAGUGAUACACAACUCUGUCCAAAACAAAUAAAACAACCAAAUGUUAACUCAAUUUCAACCCUAUAGGAUAGGAGAAUAUAUACGGAGAAUAAAAAAAAACUAAAACUGAAAGACAAACAAAGAAGAGCUGAAUCCAGAAACCAUUGACAAGAACAGUAGAUGUUACCUGCAGAACAUGGGAGUCGCUGGUCUACCUCUGCUUAGAUAUAUUUGUGUUCUUGUGAGACUAUGGUGUCUUAAGUGGCUUGUUUGUUUGGCUUUGAUACACCAUAUUUGUGUAACACACAAAAAUACAGUUUUCAGCGUUAGACAAGCAACUCCCAUUGUCUGCAGGGUAAAAUGACUGCUAACAGACUCCAUUAACAAAAAACAAUAACUUAAACUUGGCCAACAAUAUUAGUUUCUGGUCUGUCUCAUAUAACUAUGUGAUUUUAACGUGUUAAAGGGGAAACUCUGACCCAAAAAUAACACUUAAACCAAUUGACUGAUUGAGGCAGCAGUAGCUAUAGUGAGGGUAAAAUCUCUGUUUUUGUCAAUGGAGUCUGGUGUCUUUAAAGAGAAUGAUGUAAGAGUUGUUUCUUGAAAAAAAAAACAUUUUCUCUUAAACAAAAAGCUCUAUCUCUGUGGGGAUCCUUUCUGUAAUGUUGUCGAACACUUAGAAUAAGAUUCUGAGACUGUCAGCGACAAAGUGAACAACUUUUAGAGGGCACACUGUGAUCCAUUGAGGACUAUAUGUUGCAGAAAUUGCAGCCGGAUUCAUUGCUGCAGGUGGAAUCUACUGGAGAAAAUAUUUUGCAACUUGAAGUCAUUACAUCCAACGUUCCUACACUUAUUUAUAGAAUACACACAUUACACACACAUUACACACAUAACACAUGGAUGUUGCCUUUUCCAAGGACUGAUGGAUGUCACUGAAGGCAUCGCACUCUGCAAGCUGCAGGAGGUCAAAACUCUCAUGCAGAGAUUAAAAGACAAAAACUCUGAUCAGCCACAAAGGAGGUGAUUUAAAACAAUAGAGAACCUUGAACUUUGGUGUUGGACUGCAACGAGAGUUGAUGCUUCAGAGAGGCAAAAAAAACAAAAAAACAAAAACAAAACAGGAGUCCAAACACUGUCACAGCUGUUGACUGAACACUCGACGGUGGAUUUUGGUGCCAAACGAAAGCCAGCGUCUUAAAAUAGGAGACGGUUAAAGUGAGAAUCUGCUCGGCUGAAGGUUUCUGAGCGUCUGUCUGCAACAGACGGCCGCCGGCUCGCAGGGAAAUCUGCUCCACAUGUCUGACAGAGGAAAAUAAGGUUCCUGCUGCAGAAGAAGAAGAAGAAACAGAGGGUAAUUUAAGGUGGAAACACUUCUCAUUUACAUUUCCUGAAAGUUUUCUAUAAAACCGUUCAGUAAGAGCAGCUGCUUCUCAAAGACAAUGCAGGAAGCUGAUUGAGUUUUAACAAGUGAAAAUCUUCAUUUUUCUGUUGGAGGAACCUUUACUCUUCUGUGGGAUGUUUGCAGGAAGAAACACUCAGUGAAAAAUACCUCUUAUAACUCCUGUUGGAGGAUUAUUUUCUCAUUAUAUUCUGACUCAAUCUUUAAAUCCUUCCUGACUUUUCUGUCUCUGGCUCUAAGCCCAUUGGUUCCUACUGAGGAUCUUUAAAAACAUAUUUUAAAUACCUCUAAAUAAAUCCCCCUGCAGGUGUGUAAUUGUUGUUUUUCACUGAGGAGGUUUAGCAGAGUGUGUGUGUUUGCUCAGCGGCACUGCAGCAGCAUCAGAAACCAGCUGAUCUC